AUGAAUCCCCUCUCUCGACACACCACCGACACCGACCCCAACACCAACACCCACACCGGCACCGCCAAGACGACGACGAGCAGCGCCAAUCGACCGUUUCCCUCUGACCCUGCCUCGCCGCCGACGUCGGAGCUCGCCUCUUGGGUCAACCAGGUCCGCCAGCGCAACCAAUCCUUCACGUCGAGCCACCAUCACAACACCACCUCGUCGGCAUCGCCGAUCCGUGCAGCCGGAGGAGCAGCAUCAGCAACAUCAGCAGCAGCGGCAGCCUCGCCCAUCUCGAGCGCCUCGGAACUGGAGCAGGACUUCCACAGGCAGCGACAGGAGCGGCAGAGCCGACGCAACCGUCUCAGCACCUCGGGCGUGCGCGGCAUCACCGACUCGCCCCUCUCUUCGCCCGUCUCCGAGUUUCCGCCCGCCUCGCCCGCCCGCAGCCUCGCAGGCGCCCACGGCACCAUGAUCGGAGCGCCCCCCGCCCACCAGCAGGGCAUGGCCUCGGCCGCCGCAGAGCGUGACAAGCCCCCGUCGUCGUCGUCGUCCAUCGGCUCGCCCAACCUUGGCUCGCCCCACGUCCGUCGCGCCAACUCGCUCCUCUCGCGGUACGGCGGGCAGUACGGCCCCACGGGCGUCGCCGCCGGGCCCAAGUCGGCCUCGGACUCGCCCGUCUCGCUGGCCAACUUUAUGGGCGGCAAGGCUUCCGGACCUCGCCUGGGCAAGCUGGCCGGCGAUGGCAAGAGUGCACCGCCAGAGGCCUCCGAGAUCCACGAGAGCCGCUGGGUGGCGCUGCCCGGCCUCGCAUCCGGCGGCGGCGGCGACCACAGGGACGACGUCGCCGCGCCGCCCUCGCCCUCGAUCGGCCUGUCGACCUCGCCCCGCAAGGCCUACAUGGACCUCAUCGAGAGGCAGAAUGCCGACUCGGCCGCUUCCGCCAUCCAGCGCCCGCCCAGUCCUUCGAAGCCGUGGGAGCGCCCCACGACGACGGCCGCCUCGCCGGACGAAGUGAUGCGACCCCGCUCGCCCUUCAAGCCGGCAAGCGCCAUGGCGCCUCCGUCGCCCGCCAAGGCGACCUCGUCCGCCGUACAGAUCCCCGCCGCGAGCAGCCGACUGAGCGCGGCCGGCGACGGUAGCCACACGUCCCCGCGCAAGGAUGCCGCGACCAGCCCGCUGAAGCCCGAGGAUGUGCCGUUUGCCAAGACGGUCACCGCUUCGCCUGCCCUUGGGUCGGGCCGCACCGCUGGCUUGACCAACCGAGCCUCGACCUAUCCGGCCGCUGCCACGUCCGGCGCCUUCCCGCCGUCUCCGCCCCUUCCGCAGGAGAGCCAGCGGUCCUCGACCUUCUCCGCGACGCCUCCGCUGUCGCCCUCGCCGUCGGGCGGCGUCGUCGACCGCAACCCGACCGCUUCGCUGACGCGCCUGAGCGCCAAGAAAAUGGUCGGCCAGAGGAUCCGCGAGGCCCAGGAGCGCGACGUGCUGGCUCAGAGAGAGACCGAGGCCGCCAGUCCCGCCGCCAGCCCGGCCGUCGGCGUCGGGGCUGGCCUGAGCAAGUACGGCGGCAGCGCCCACGGCUCGAGCGGCGUGCGCGAUAGGUGGCCCGCCGGAGCCUCUGGCGCUGGAUCCAACGCGUCCACGCCCUCGAUCCUCGACGAGAGGAAGAAGCAGCUCGGCGGCAGUGGCAGCGGCGGCGGCUGGUCGCCGUCCAAGUUUGGCAACGCCCUGCCCGGCCUGGCUGGCCGGUCUCCACCCAAGUCUUCUGCUGCAGCCGCUACCUCCGGCCUGGGCAGCUCGCCUUCGAAGCGCUACGCCGAGGACGAGGCCGACUCGCGCGCUGCUCCCGUCCGCCUCCCUGGCCUCGGCGGCGAGACGAGCCCGUUCAAGCGCUUCAGCGCCGCCGCCUCGUCGCCGACCAAGGAGGAGCGCAUCGACUCGGCGGCCAGCGAGGGCAGCGUGCUCGAGCCGCUGACCAAGGGUCGUGUCCGCGGACCCCAGAGGCGUCCCGCCGCGGCUGCCGCAGCGACCGGGUCCGCUUCCAGCACCGCGUCGUCGGCCCGGGCUGCAAUCAAGGUCGUCCCGCCCGCGUCCGGCUCAGGUGCCGGCGCCUCGGCCUUUGCCGUGCCCAGCAGCCCGCGCAAGGUCACCUCCGGCUUCGACGCGCCCAGCAGCCCGAGCAAGACGCAGGCGCUGGCCUCCAAGUUUGGCGGCAGUACCACGUCGGCCGCGGCUGUCCCGUCCAGCCCCAUCAAGACCUCUUUUGCUCCGGCAUCUGGCGGCCCUCGGAGCCCGACCAAGACGACAAUCUUUGGCUCCUCGGUGGCAGCGGCGUCGACCGACAGGAAGGCGACCGAGAGCGCUGCCCCUGCCCCUGCCCCGGCGGCUGCAGCUGCGGCUACGGCUGCCGCCCCGACCAAGCCGCCCCGUUCGACGCGCGGCAAGCGGGUCCACGUCCUCAUCUCGGGCUCCGGCUCGAACCUCCAGUCGCUUAUCGACGCCACGCUGCUCAACCCGCCGCCGGGCAUCCCGGUCAUCCCCGACGCGCAGAUCUCGUUUGUCCUCUCCAACCGCAAGGCCGCCUACGGCCUCACGCGCGCGAGCGAGUCGAACCCGCCCAUCCCGACCAAGGUGCUCGCGCUCAAGACCUGGCAGAAUCGCAACCCCGGCGGCACGCGCGAGGAGUACGACCGCGUCCUCGCCCGUGCCGUCCUCGAUGGCCCCGCCGACGAGGGCAAGGGGACGCCGCCGGACCUCAUCGUACUGGCCGGCUUCAUGCACAUCGUGUCCGAGGGCUUCCUCCACGCCCUUGGCCACAAGACGUCGCUUCCCAGCUCGACGCCGACGAUCGGCGUGCGCCCCUCGAAAGCGGUGCCCAUCAUCAACCUCCACCCAGCGCUGCCGGGCGCCUUUGACGGCGCCAAUGCCAUCCCGCGCGCCUUUGAGGCCUACCAGCAGGGCCUCACCGACCGCACGGGCUGCAUGGUGCACGAGGUCGUCGCCGACGUCGACCGCGGUCGCCCCCUGAUCGUGCGCGAGAUUGUCAUCCAAAAGGGCUGGGACCUCGCCAAGCUUGAGGACGAGAUCCACAAGGUCGAGCACGUCAUCAUCGUCGAGGGCGCCCGCCAGGUGCUCGAGGGCCGCCUCGAAGAGCUCGACCGCGAGCAGGAGGCGAGGGAGCAGGAGCAGCAGAGGCACCAGCAGAGGCAGAGAGAGAGUGACGAGCGGCUGACGCGGCAAAGGUCGGCGGCGCAGGGUCCGACGCAGCGCGUGCCCUCGCCGCAGAAGGCCGCGCCCAGGGCUCCGGUCAACCUCGACGAGGUGGUCCAUGUCAAAACGGCCGAGGACGCCGCCAACGUGGCGUUCAGGGCCGAGCAGGCGCUCAAGACGAGCUCGUUUGAGCCCGGCGCCAUCCUCGAGUACGGCGCGCCGACGCCGUCGACGGCGGCGAGCCAACAGAAGCCCAAAACCGUCUCGAUCGACGUCAUCAGCAUCGGCGCCGACGGGUCGACCAAGGCGGUGGAGCCUGCGGCCGGGGCAUCCUCCUCGGACCAGCGAGUGUCGCCCCUCGAGACGCUGUACGACGACGAGACGCUUGCCGUCGUGCACCGCUUCAAGGCGUCGAGCGGGCUGAUGGAGAACCGGGUGUGGGUGCGGCUCGGCCUGCGCUCGCCGCUCCACCCUGCGCAGCAGGCAGCCGCCGCGUCCGACUCGGGCGACGAGGUGCUGCAUCGCGCCGAGGAGCUCGCCAAGAGGUACGGAACCAAGCCGACGUUCGUGCCGGCCGGUUUCGAGGGCGUCGAUCUCGUCGACGGCAUUGGCGGACGCUGGGCCGUCGCGCGCCAGGGCAGCCGCGCCCGGUUCGACAGCAACGGCACCGCCCUCUACCGCGUCCGGGCGGCCGCCGCUGCUCCCGCCGGAGCUGAUCAGACGACGGUCACGCAGGUUGAUCUGGCCACGUCGAACCUCUGCUCUGGCGACAGUUUCGUUGCGGCCAUCCUCGGCAACAGCCUGGUCUGGCAUGGCCGAGGCUCGGAGCGCAAGACGCGCGAGGCUGCCCGCCGCUUUGCCGAGGCGCUCGAGGUCGAGGCGACGGGCAAGUGCGGCGGCCGCAUCGCCGAGAACAAAGAGGGCCGGGAGGACGGCUUCUUCUGGGAUCUGUUUGACAGGAGCCAGGCGUAUGCCUCGGCGUGGUACCACGGCCUGGCACGCAGCGUCUCGGCUCGAGGGUGGCGCGGUGCCGUGCAGCUGUUUGACCUGGGCCUGGAGCGGGGCACCUUGACGCUGCACCCGGCCAUCGAGCCGGACUGCCUGGGCCAGAUGGACCUGCUCUCUGCGCAGCGGCAGGACGAGGUGUCGCUGCUCAACCUGUCGAACCGCGAGCUGUUUGUCGUCGUCGGGCGACGCGCGCGGGACCAGCGCGUCAAGAUCCUGGCCGGAUGCAUGCUGGCCGACCGCCUGGCCGAGCACCUGGAGUCGCAACCGGGCAACGAGGCGGGCCGACCCGCGGCGCACGUCGUCGUGCUGCCUUCGCGCGUGCCCCGCGAGAUCCGUGCCGCCGCUCGGUACUGGUGCCAGACGGGCGACGAGCUCGACGGCGACGGCGACGGCGAUGGCGAUAUCAAGAUGAAUGUCAAGACGACGCGCGAGGCGGUCCGGGACCUGACGACGGACCGGUGGCCGAGGGAGAGGCUGCUCGACCCGUCCUACCUGCCCGUCGGCAUCGGCGAGGAGGACGUGGGCGCCGACGUGUGA